AUGGACGCCUCUCCAAGUGAUGGAACCUGCGAGCGGUCUCAUUGGGGUCUCUUCGACCGAGUGGUCAACACCGUUCGCGGAGUAGACUCCUGUGGGCAGGUGAUGGCCUAUCGCAGCCUCAUGUACCACUGCGCGGGCAAGACCGUGGAGUUCCAUCAGCCACUGGAGGGUGCCGGCACCAGGCUGAUGCAUGGAGACUUUGCGCGGAAGAUCUCGCCCUCCGAAGAAGCCCUAGCCACCUACAUCUUGAAACGCCCUCGUGUUUGCCACGGCCGCGUGUUGGUGGUGGGUGCUGGUCUGGGCCUGGCUGGCCUCGUGUGCGCCAGCUGCACCAAGGCGCAGCAGGUUGUUCUCACAGACGGUGACCCCGAGGUCGUGAAGCUUCUGGAGAGCUCGCGGAGUCUGAACGAGGGAUCCUUCCAGUCGUUGGUCACCGUGCAGCAGCUGCUUUGGGAUCGCAUGGAGCAAUGGCCAGACCGUGCAUCGUUUGACUUGGUGUUGGGUGCUGAUGUGGUCUACUUGGAGGACCUUCAUGCCCCGCUUCUGGACAUGCUGGCGCGUGUGCUGCGCCCUGGGGGGCAUUUUCUGCUCUUUGCUUCGAAGAGACACGGCUCGCUGGAGAAGUUCGUGGCCAGUUCCAAGGCGAUCUUUGGAGUGGAGGUCUCCACAGACUAUGACGCGGAUGUGGAGCGAGCCAUCGGCCGCGGCUCCAAAUGUUUUCCUGUCUUCGUGAAGCUCACGGUGCCCGCAGAGGGCGAGAGCGAGGCGGUGCAGCGGCUGUGCCAGCGCUUUGCCGAGCUGCAGGAGCAAAAGCGACACAAGGCGCAGGAGGAGGCCGAACGCAAGGAGCAGCAGCAGCUGCGACGCCGCGCCCGCAGCGAGACCCUUCUGGCGCGCCGGGAACGGCGGUUAGAGGAGCCCAAGGUGCCGGUUGCAGAGGAGGAGCCGCCCCCUCGAGCACCUCGCGUGCCGCUGGUGCCCAGGGCAGAGCUGGAAGGUCGCUCUGACUGGGGCCUCUUCCCAAGAAGCGUCAAGGUGGCUGAUGAAGAUGUGAAGGAGCUGACCUAUGACUUCGACAAUUUUCAGGUGCGGCUCCGGCGGCGCCAUGGAGAUGCUCGCCCCAGCUGCGCAGAGGAAGCGCUUGCAGCAUGGGUGUUGUCUCGGCGGCUGCGGCGUCGCGUGCUGGAGCUGGGCGCUGGAGCUGGCUUGGCGGGCCUUGCAGCGGCCAAUUCUGCGAAGCACGUGGAACUCACGGACGCGGACCCCGCUGUGGUGCAAACUUUGCAAGAGGCGGUGCUUCUCAAUGACUCCUGCGCUGCUUCGCUGAAAGCAAGACGCCUCGCCUUCGGCGAGGUCCCUGCGCUGAAGAGAUUUGACUGGAUCAUCGCUGCGGAAAUUGUCGAAAUGAAGGAUGCCCACGCCCUUAUUCUGCGAACAGCCCGCAAGCUAUUGAAGCCAAGCGGAACGUUUGCUGUGAUGGCUGCCGGGCCAAUAAUGGAUUGCUUCCUUAGGGAAGCAGCUGCCACCUUUCCCUCCAUCGAGCUGAAGAGGGACUUCCCUGAUGCUGUCAGCAAAGCCCUGCAUGGCAUGACGUGCCGGCCAAAGAUGGCGCUGCUUCGGCGCCCUGCCGUGCGGCUUGCUCGCAGGCCGCCGAAACCGCCGAAGGACACGAAAGCGCCAAGUCCAAGUCCCGAGAGCAUCGCAAGCGAGGACCGUGAGGAAAGCGGUGAAGAAGAAGAGGCCGAGCAGGACAUGGAGGCUUGCAAACCUGCUCAAGCUGUCCAUCCAGGCUCUGACUUGCGAGCGCUUCCACGAAGCAGGGAGCGAUUCAGGCGUCCUGUUUCCAAAGCAGAGGCCAGGUCGCCGAGGACAGAGCCUACUGUUUCUGGCCGGGCAUCGGAGGAUGGGUGCGUGCAGGCGACAAGCUCACCACAGAGGCUUUCUGGGUACCCAACGGCACGCGGGGAUGCACAAGCAGGCGGGCUGCAGGUAUGCGGCGUACGCCCUCUUAUUCGGCGGGCCAAAUCAGUACCUUACCGGGGAGGAAAGCUGGGUGGGCUGAUGGCUUUGCCAAGUGAGCCUUGA